AUGCUUGACGACAAUCAUCUUUUUCAACGUGCUGCUUCAUCAGCAUAUGCAUCAAUGGCUGCAUUUACUGCUGCAGCUAAUAUGUAUAAUUCAUUUUAUCCAACAGCAUCAAGUACCAACACGGAUCCAGUGAAUUAUUUUGGUUGUACAGAUAUGAAAAGAGAAAGGCUUGAUCCAAAAGUACGUGCUAAACUUGAAGAUACGGAUUUAUGGAAACGAUUUUAUGCAUUAGGAAACGAAAUGAUUAUAACAAAUAGAAGUGGUCGUCGUUUAUUUCCAAACUUUCGUGUAUCUGUUAGUGAACUAAAUCCAAACACGAAAUACAUGUUCCUAUUAGAUAUUGUUCCUAUAGAUGAUAAUCGUUAUAAAUAUCAUGAAUCUUCAUGGACUAUUUCCGGUAAGGCUGAACCACAUAUCUAUGGAAGAUAUUUUGUUCAUCCGGAUAGUCCACAAACUGGAUCACAAUGGAUGAAACAAUCAAUUGUUUUCAAUAAAGUUAAAGUCACAAAUAGUCCAAUGCAAAAUCCUAAUCAUAUAAUUCUAAAUUCAAUGCAUCGAUAUAUUCCACGUUUACAUAUUGUUGAAGCGUCGGAUAGUUAUUCAAUGCGAACUGGUCCUUUAAGUACAUUUAUUUUCGAUGAAACUUGUUUCAUAGCUGUUACUGCCUAUCAAAAUGAUCAAAUAACUAAAUUAAAAAUUAACAAUAAUCCAUUUGCAAAAGGGUUUCGUGAACCAACACAAGGAAAAAAAAAUAAUUCGAAACCAGUAAAACGACUUCAAUCAAGUCUUCCAUUAGAUAAACCUGUAAAAUAUGAUGAAAAUCUUCAUCGUCCAUACAAAAGUGAUUCGUCUUUGUUAUCAAUAAAUUCGCAUUCACCACCAACACAAUCAACAAUGCAUGCAGAUGUAGCCGAUUCAACAACGUCAAUUUAUUUAGAUAAUAGUGGUGGUGAUCAUGAACAAAACAGUGAAAUAAAUCCUAUGCAAUUUCCUACAUCAUAUCAUCAUCAAUUUGCAUCAAAUUCGUUUUACAGUAACUAUGCCAGUGAUCCAUCAUCAAUGAUUUACAAUCCGGCUUACACAUAUAUGGGAACAACUUCUAAUUCAAUACCAGCAACAUCAACUCCAAUGCAUUUUAAUCCAUAUGGACGUUAUCCAACAGCAGUUUAUCAAACAAAUAAUUACAAUGCAUCAUUUUUUUGA